GGCCGUCUUCAACACGGGGGCUGGUUUGUCUUUUGACAUCAGAAAAAACUCGAAGCACCCCAAAUAGCAUCUAAUUUCCCCUGUUCAAUUACUUUACUAGUAUUAUUAUUUUCUUUAUCUUAUUAAUACAGCUUCAAGCUUUGUCCUAAAAUUUUCUUUUUCUCGAACAAUGUUUUUUGGUUUAAUUUACAUUUUUAAUAUCCCUCCAUUUCCUUUCAUUUAAUCCUAUGAGGGGGUUCCUUUUAACUUUCCCAGGAGACAAACAGCAGCAGCAGUAAUUAAAACCCAAAUUUUCAUUAUGCAACUCUUUGGCUACUUCUCGAUUCUCGUUGUCUUGCCUCUCAACUCUUCACUUCUCCUUCGUGUUUCAAUCUCAAAAUCAGUGCUGCCGAAGUAAAGAAAGUUCUCCUUCGAUGUUUGCUAUCUGAACGGACUUUAAUUAAGAUUCCAGCUGUGACAACAUUUACAAGGAUAAAUUUGGUGAGAAUUAGGCUGUAAUUGUCCAUGAAUUGAAGUACUAGCUGCCCUGUCUCUUACGUGGAACAUCCUCGAUAUGUUGGGUUGCACUGAAACAUGGACUGGAAGUGUUCAUCUUCUGCUGCUGCGUCUUCUCUUUGCAAGGCGCCUUUAAAUGCCUCGACUGCAAUGCCGGAGAAGGCUCUGGUUGAGACUAACGUUGAUAUUGAUCUUCGAGAAAUUUACUUCUUGAUAAUGCAAUUCCUGUCUGCUGGUCCUUGCCAGAGAACUUUUGAACAGUUCUCGAAGGAACUUUUGGAACACCAGCUUCUACCAAGAAGAUAUCAUGCUUGGUUUUCUAGAAAUGGUGAACAUAGUGGAAACGGUGAUGAUGAUGGCAUCUCAUUCCCAUUAAGUUAUAACAACUUAGUUGAGAGGUAUCCUCAUAUUGAGCAGGAUCACUUGGUAAAGCUUCUGAAGCAACUAAUCUGUACUCUGUGCAGCAAAUCUGUAGGAGAUGCCCAUCCUCCAAAUGCUGCUGAUGUCCCUACGCUAUUGGGAUCUGGUUCCUUUUCACUUUUGAAUUCUGACAAGAGUAUGAGGAAUAGGCAAGGUAAGCCUAUGCCUGCCUAUCUUCGUUGGCCUCAUAUGCAAGCUGAUCAAGUUCGAGGGUUAAGUAUAAGAGAAAUUGGGGGAGGUUUCCGGAAGCACCACCGAGCUCCCUCUAUUCGGUCUGCAUGCUAUGCUAUUGCUAAACCAUCAACGAUGGUGCAAAAGAUGCAGAACAUAAAGAAGUUGAGAGGGCACCGGAAUGCUGUCUAUUGUGCCAUAUUUGAUCGCUCCGGGAGAUAUGUCAUUACUGGUUCCGAUGAUCGCCUUGUCAAAAUUUGGUCUAUGGAAACUGCAUUUUGCUUGGCCAGCUGCCGUGGACAUGAGGGUGACAUAACGGACCUGGCUGUUAGUUCAAAUAAUGUUUUGGUUGCAUCCGCUUCAAAUGAUUUUGUGAUUCGAGUUUGGCGUUUGCCAGAUGGGUUACCUGUUUCAGUUCUACGAGGGCAUACGGCAGCUGUUACUGCUAUUGCAUUUAAUCCCAGGCCUGCCUUUGCUUUCCAGCUUUUAUCGUCAUCUGAUGAUGGGACUUGCCGAAUCUGGGAGGCCAGAUAUUCACAUUGUAGCCCACGCAUAUACCUGCCGAAGCCUUCUGAAGCUGCCACUGGGAGUGGCAAUUUUCCAUCUAAUAAUGGACCUUCCUCAAGUAAUGUUCCACAAACCCAUCAAAUAUUAUGUUGUGCAUUUAACGUCAAUGGGACAGUUUUUGUCACUGGUAGCUCUGACACUUUUGCCAGGGUGUGGAGUGCCUGUAAGCCUAAUACAGAUGAUACACAACAACCAGUUCAUGAGCUGGAUGUUUUGGCUGGCCAUGAAAAUGAUGUUAAUUACGUUCAAUUUAGUGGAUGUGCUGUACCUUCUAGAUCCUCAAUGUCUGAUAUCAUAAAGGAGGACAAUCUUCCAAAAUUUAAAAAUUCCUGGUUCUGUCAGGACAACAUUGUUACCUGUUCUCGUGAUGGUAGUGCAAUAAUAUGGAUUCCCAGAUCACGUAGAUUUCAUGGAAAAGCAGGACGUUGGACAAAGGCAUAUCAUCUUAAGGUUCCACCUCCUCCGCUACCUCCUCAACCUCCUCGAGGUGGUCCACGUCAGAGAGUUCUCCCUACUCCUCGUGGUGUCAAUAUGAUUGUGUGGAGCCUGGAUAAUCGUUUUGUUCUAGCAGCUAUAAUGGAUUGCAGAAUAUGCGUGUGGAAUGCUGUUGAUGGUAGUUUGGUACAUUCUUUGACUGGUCACGUUGCAUCAUCUUAUGUUUUGGAUGUCCAUCCUUUCAAUCCUCGAAUUGCAAUGAGUGCUGGAUAUGAUGGAAAAACAAUAGUUUGGGAUAUAUGGGAGGGCAUACCCAUCCGGACAUAUGAAAUUGGGCGUUUUAAGUUGGUUGAUGGGAAGUUUUCUCCGGAUGGAACGUCAAUUGUACUUUCAGAUGAAGUUGGCCAGAUACAUUUGCUUAACACUGGCCAGGGUGAAUCUCAAAAGGAUGCCAAGUAUGAUCAGUUCUUUCUUGGAGACUAUCGCCCCCUUAUUUGGGAUUCUGCUGGAAAUGCUCUUGAUCAGGAGACACAGUCUACUCCGCAUCGUAGGAACAUGCAAGAUCUUAUUUGUGAUUCCAGCAUGAUUCCGUACCCAGAACCUUAUCAGAGUAUGUACCAGAAACGGCGACUUGGUGCGCUGGGUAUUGAGUGGCAUCCAUCCUCCACAAAGUUGGCUAUUGGUCCAGAUAUCAGUUUAGGCCAGGAUUUUGAAAUGCCACUCUUAGAAGAUCUGGAAAGAGUGAUGGAACCACUACCUGAUUUCAUGGAUGCCAUGUAUUGGGAACCUGAAAACGAAGUUAUCAGUGAUGACACUGAUUCGGAGUACAAUGUUGCUGAGGAAUGUUCUACAGAAGGUGAACAGGGGGCAUUGUGUUCCAGCUCUUCUAGAGGCACAGAGAGCGGUGAAGAAGACAGUGAGGUUGAAUGCAGUCACAAAGAUAGCCUUCGCAGAUCACGAAGAAGAAAAUGCAGCCCUGAAUCUGAGUUGAAGACUUCAUCAGGGAGGCGAGUCAAAAAGAGAUAUUUGGAUGAGCGUGAUGGAACUAUACUCAAAACCAGUAGAACUAAAAAAUCAAAAAGUGGCAGAAAAGCUUCAAAGAGAAAGUCUUCCAAGGGAAAGACAUUGAGACCUCAGAGAACUGCUGCACGUAAUGCUCGAAGCAUUAUGUCUAGAAUCACUGGGACAUCUACGGAUGGAGAUGAUGAAGUGGACUCAGAAGGUGAUUCAUCAAAUAGUGAGUCGUCGUCUCAGGAUUCAAGAUCUUCAAACAGUGAAACUGAGAGACACUUGGAGAAUGUAAAACUGAAGUCUAUAAAGAAGGAACAAGAGUCUGAGGGCAUAGUAUGGUCUCAUGAGCUCCCCAAAUCUCAAUCAGAUACUGUGAACAGGAAGAGAUUGGUCUUAAAGUUCUCGUUACGUGAUUCUAGGAAGCCAGGUGCUUCAGAGGCCACCAGAUUGAACACUGGCAAUCAUAUCAAUAUACCAGACCCUUCAUCUGGAUCUUCAGGAGCUUUUGAUGAGAAUAAAAAUGACCGCACCAAAGACCCUGGCUUAACCACUGCAGAUGUGGAGCUCUCUGAGCAUGACAGGAUUGAUCUGGAAGAUACAAGGCAAUCUUUAAAUACUGAGGACCAUUUAGAGAAAUUUGUGGGGGAAAAGGAUAACAAAAUCAGAUGGGGAGAGGUUAAAGUUCGGACAUCCAAGCGUUCAAGGUCAGGAGAUUUGUUGCCAAGUGAUGUCCCCAAUGGAAACAGGAUUAUUGCUGUGAAUAGGGAAGAGGGAGAGUUAACUGCUCCUACAUUGCAAGAUCUGGAUGGAGGGAUGAUGGAAGAGUUUGCUCCUGAUGAGGUGCACAAAUCUUUACUGUCCUUAGGUGACCAUCAACUGAAUGGUAGUGCUUCAGCAUCUUACUCUAAUAUCAGCCUCAACCAGGGAGAUAUGGAUCAGUCUAGCUGUGAUAAAUAUGGUAAUCAUGACUCUUUGCAAACAAAUCAGGUUAAACAAUCUCAUGAAUCAAACGAGAUUACCCCACUCAAAUUAGUGAAAUUAAGAAUAAGGACAAAGGCAAUUUCAGGGGACCUUGGAAGUCCUUCCAAACAGAAGUCCCUCACUGUAGUUAAUGGUCCAACCUGCAAUGAACAUGAUGUGAGGCCCAGAAACACUUUGCCUGCAGAACAAAAUCAAAGUUACAGCAGGCAAGAAAUGGGUGAAGGUUCGGACAGAUCAAGUUCUCUGCAGUUGUUGCACUCAGGUUUGAAGUUGAACAUGUAUGAUGGGGAACACCCAUAUAAAGACACAACUAAUUCCGAAGGCUUAAAUGUCAUCAACGAUCAUGAUUCAGAAAUUAUGUUUACCGAAGCAGCAGCUGAUGCAGUUAACAGAAGACAGUCCAUGAAGAUGAAGGCAACUUCACUAGAGCAGAAUGCUUGGAACCAUAACUUGAGGGUAAGAGUAGAUCAUUCAUUAGCAGGGACAUCAGAAAAUGAAGAAAAAACCUCUUUGAAAACAUAUAAUGGUAUUGCAUCUGAACAAUGGAUGUCAAGUUCCAAACAUAGAGACAGAUCAAGAUCCAGCAGAACCAAGCGGGGCGGUGGCCAUGACAAUGACUUAAAAUUUUCAAGUGGAAGGAAGUCAAAUCCUUCUGUUAGAAAAUUAUCAUGGUUGAUGGUGUCGGAACAGGAAGAGGGUUAUCGUUAUAUACCUCAGCUGGGCGAUGAAGUUGUAUAUUUCAGACAGGGGCAUCAAGAGUGCAUUGAAGAAGGUUUCAUGAAGGGGACUGGUCCAUGGAGCUCAAGGGGACACCUGAGUGCGGUGGAAAUUUGCAGGGUUGUAGACCUUGCUUAUUCCCACGUUCCAGGUUCUGGAGAGAGUUGCUGUAAAAUCACACUUAGAUUUACUGAUCAUUCAUCAUGUGCAUUUGGCGAGGUAUUUAUAUUGACCUUGCCUGAGUUGAUAGGUCUUCCUGAUUUUCUUGUUGAGAAGACAAGAUAUGAUGCUGCAAUGAGCAGAGAAUGGACUCGUAGGGAUAAAUGCCUAGUAUGGUGGAAGAACCACGAUGAGGAGGGUGGAAGUUGGUGGGAUGGUAGAAUCAUUACUUCACAGCCCAAAUCUAUGGAUUUCCCUGAUAGUCCUUGGGAAAAAUAUGAAGUUAUUUACAAAGAUGGCUGUAAGUAUCGGCACAGUGCUUGGGAACUGCAUGACCCUAACUUUACAUGGGAGCACCCACAUAUUGGUUCUGAAAUCAGGGAUAGGCUCCUGUCUGCUUUUGGUAAAUUAGAGCGUUCAGUAGUCAGAGAUCAGGAUUUUUAUGGAUUCCAGAAACUGAACGAAGCUGCUCAGAAGUCAGAAUUCCUUAACAGGUUUCCAGUUCCAUUGUAUCCCGAUUUCAUCCGGCUUAGGUUAGAGAACAACUAUUAUCGAACGUUGGAAGGAGUGAAGCAUGACAUAAAAAUAAUGCUUUCAAAUGCGGAGAGUUAUUUCGCUAGAAGUGCUCACCUAUCUUCGAAGAUGAGGCGUCUAUCAGACUGGUUUACCAAGACAUUGUCAAGGUUGUAGGAAGCUGUAAAGGUAUUCUUUUUUUCUUCUAUUUUUUAAAUUUUAGUUCACAUCUCUUACAACUCAUGGGUCCAAUUUUGUAAAACAAACCAAUUUUAGGCAUAUUACUGAACAUUGAUAAAAAGGAAUGAAUGGAGUUACAAAGGGGAAAA